GGCCCAAAUCUCGGUCCACUUUUCAACAGUUGCCAACCAUCUGCCCAGCGAGUCAGGUCGUCUCUCGUGUUUCCUCUCAACGACCUCAUCUCUUCCGGACUUUUGUGUGUUUUCUCUUCUCUCACAACCAAGAAAAGAUUUUUGCGGAUUUUUCCGGUUUUUACAUUUCGUGAAAGUUUCGACCAAUGAAGUCCUCACCAGUCGACAUGGAUCUCCGUCUCAGCCAAAAGAGCUCCAACUCAACUCCGUCCAGCCGGAUCCUGUACGAUAUUCCGUGCAGAGUGUGCCAGGAUCAUUCCUCUGGCAAACAUUACGGCAUCUUUGCUUGCGAUGGAUGCGCCGGAUUCUUCAAGCGUUCCAUUCGCCGGAAUCGCCAGUACGUUUGCAAGGCCAAGAGUGAGGGGGCCUGUUUGGUUGAUAAGACCCACCGCAACCAAUGCCGGGCCUGCCGACUCCGCAAAUGCGUUGAAGUUGGAAUGAACAAAGAUGCCGUUCAACACGAACGCGGACCAAGGAACUCGACUCUGCGCCGCCAAAUGUCCAUGUUCUACUCGAUGAAAGGAUCGACUUCGUCGUCGCCGGAAAACAACAACGGAUCGGCCGACGCCGACAGUCCGCCACCGUCGACCGGUCGGGCUAGCCCGUUGAUGCCGUCGGGAAUGACUACGCCCCCGUCGUCGUCCACUUCGAUCCCCAUGUUCCGUCCGCAGCAAAUGGGCGCCUUUUCGCCACCGGCCACUUCGACGCCGACCAGCAACACGGUCCUCAGCGUCUCAUCUUCACCUCCGUCCAGUUUGCUCAACUGCCCAACGGCCGACCACCACCACCACCACCUGUCCCAUCACUUGACCCUGGCCGAAAGGAUGUCCAUGUCCCUGUUGUCUCAUCACGCAGCCCGGCCCAUGAACCUCUUGUGCGCUCCUCAGCCCAAGUAUCCACAUGAAAUGUUCAACGCCGUUCCGGCCGCUGCCGCCGCCGCCAUGAUGCCGUGGAACUUUAGUCCCGAAACCAUUUGCGAAUCAGCUGCCCGUUUGCUUUUCAUGAACGUGCGAUGGGCCAAGAGCGUGCCAGCUUUCACGACCCUGCCAUCCCGCGACCAAAUCAUCUUGUUGGAGGAGAGCUGGAGGGAACUGUUUGUCCUGGGCGCCGCUCAAUUCACGCUGCCCAUCGAAGCUGGCACGUUGAUGACGGCGCUAGGCCUCAGCAGCUCACCUUUCGGUCUGAGUGGCAUGCCCUGCCCGCCCACAAUGCCGGCCGUCAGCACCGAGCGCCAGUUAGGCCUCCUCAGCGAAAUCAAGGCCUUCCAGGAAACGGUGGCCAAGUUCAAACAAAUGAACGUCGACGCCACCGAAUACGCUUGUCUCCGCGCCGUCAUUCUCUUCAAAACCUCUGCUGGAUUACGAGAUAUUCCAUCCGCCGUCAAUUUGCAAGACCAGGCCCAGUUGACGCUGAGCCGUUACGUUUCGACGGCCUACCCGAACCAGCCGCUCCGCUUCGGCCGUCUUUUGCUCCUCCUGCCCGCUCUGCGCACCAUCGCUCCUUCGACGAUCGAAGAAUUGUUUUUCCGCAAGACGAUCGGCAACAUCCCCAUCGAGCGCAUCAUCAGCGACAUGUACAAGUCUGGUGAUUUGUAAAACAGAAAAAUGCCUUUAAAAACAUUGUGUUUCACCUAAUAAUUAACCGUUUAUGUAAUUUACCCUGCCAUGUUGUACAAACUUGUACAAAGAAAUUUAAAUUUAAAAAAAUCAGGAAAUCAGAGAAAACCGUUUUUGAUAUUUUUGUCAUUUGCUCAGAAAUAGCGUCCAGCAUUUUUUUUUGGGGUCCCAUUUGCCAGUUGUGUGUAUUUGAUUGUUUCAUUUCAAACUCUCUUCAAUACAAGUUAUUCCCAUUU